AAUGGACUGGAAACGAUGCGCCCUGCAGGCGGAUGCAGCAGGCCAUAACGCUGCGCCUUGUCCAGCUGUUUGGACGUCCCACGCGGGUGGGUAGGGAUGAGCGUGGCAGCACGGCCGCCCCCCCAGCCAACGACUACAACAUCCCUCGACCAGCUCGGCAGCCUGCUCAUGCGACAGCCCUCCUGUCGCGCCCACAUCCCCAUCGCAUGAGAGCAAGCUACCCCCGGGUGGAACUGCGCUCGAGCGCGGCCCGCAGAGCCAGCAGUGAUGUCGUUCGGCUUCAGUCCCUCUGAUGUUGUGAAGCUUGUCCAGGUUUCGACGCGUGUUUAUCUCGCAUUCAAAGAUGCAAACGACAAUUCCGAGACGCAGGUGUCGGGACUCGUGCGCGAGUUCAGCUCCUUCCAUCAGUGUCUGCUUGAGCUCAGUGAGCUGAUGAACGAAUACGGAAAACCACUGCCCUUUCCAUAUCUUGACUUCCAAGAGACUCUUCAGCGAUGCGAGGAAACAAUAGAGCCAUACGCGAAUCAUCUUGUGGACAGAAAGAUGAGCAUGAAGAAGUUCGUGUAUACCAUCCGGUACAUUGGCAAAGAGAAGGAGAUCGCAAAUUUGAGAACCGUGAUAAUGGGUCAUUACCAGGCCCUGCAGAUGUGUACUUCGUUCCUGCAACUGCGCUUGCACUUGGAGGCGACCAAGCAAACCCAAAGACUACUGGACCUCGCACCGUUCCGCAGUGUCAGUUUCGGUGGCCACGCGUACACGACAAACACUAUCGGUAGCUCUUCACGAACCGCGCCCAAUGCCCUGCCCGCCCCGUCAGAAGCCGAUCAGCUGUAUAAAGACUGGCUAAUCUUCAGUCGAUGGCUAAAGAACGAGGACGAGCGUCUGGCAAUCGAAAAUGGAAGCUCGGCGCGGCCGUCGUCCUGGGGUGCAACACCUGCAGCAACACAGAACGGGGACGAGCAAACGGCAGCAGUGCUUUAUCACCUGAGAAGAGAGCUCGAGGACGCGAUAAUGAUCGAAGAGAACCGUGCGAAGAGAUUGGCCAUAGAAAGGAGGACCAAUCUUGCGCCUAGCGACGCCAUCCGCCAGGAAAUGAGGAAUCUGCCGCACAUUCCUCAGAGGACCGGCACCAUACAGACACUCAACUCUGAUUCCAUGGCAAGUUUGGCGGGACUUGACGCCCGUAACUCUAUGGGCGACUCGAUGCAUACCUUGCGGCCUAGUCUCACCACGCCUUCUCCAUGCGCUUCGCCAACUGGCAGCCCUCAGGUUCCGCAGUCAUACUUCGAUACUGUCGACUGGGGUUCUGUUUCCGAGGCCCCAUCGUCACCGGGAGCGCGUACUUCAUCCAUGUCGAGCUUCAGCCAGUCGCCAGAAUCUCGCCGAUCAGCUCCUGGACUAGGCAUUAGCACAGCGGGAACCACACCCGAAGAUGCGGCACGACCUCUACGCCGGAAGCUCUCAGCUGCUUCAUUGUUGAGUAUUGCGUUGGGCCCUGGGGCUUUGCAAUGGAACAAACUGUGCCGCAAGGCUAUGGUCGAGCGAGUGACUGCGCAAGGAUCCGAGAGCAGAGAGUGCGAUCUCCAUUGGCGCUAUCGAGAGGACGCGGGGAUCUCAAUCCGCUCCGUUUAUCGUUCUGGAACCAGCAAGGAGGUCAAGGUCUGGAUCACCCAGCAUUUCCCCGCAACCGGGCCUAGCAUUCCCUUGACAACGUCGUUCCCUGAUGGAGAUGUGGCAAUCGACUUCCCCAGGCACUCACAUGGAAGACUGGAGAAAAGGUGCAUAGACGUCAAGUAUUUGAUGUCCGAGGCAGCGUCAAGUGACAAACUGCAGACGUUGCUGUAUACAAACAACGGUAAAGAGGGAGCGGAGCUGUUGUACGACCGCCCAGUAUUGAGCAUAUCGUCCAACCUCAACAAACCAGAAUGUCGAGGCAAGAACUUGAGGUUGUGGAGGAAGACUGAAGUGCGUGUGGGACCGAAUGGGUUGGAGUCAGCCGACGUCCUCAUCCUGCUGUUUUACACUAGCGCGCUUCCAGGCGAGAAGGCGCACUGGGUGGAAGAGCCACACUACGUGUUCCAAUGGCUCGACGAGUCGGCAUACAGCAAGAGCUCGGAUAAACUGCAGCUCGUGUUCUCCAAAGAGCCAGGUAAGUGGACUCGGGAUAAAGUGUUCCAGCGGCGGAAGUCGUCCAAGUCGUCUGAGCAAGAAGGGGACAGCGGAAGGCCAGGCCUGAGCCGUGCAGGCACGAGGAGCUCCAUCGUGUCGUCAUCAGCGGUCAGCGUCACGUCGGUGAGAUCUUCCAUCUUCAGCAGUGGACAGAGAAAGGGAGCAGCAGCCAAUUUGAAUCGCUUUGGCUAUUCGGAGCUUGAGGUCAAGUUUCAGAGCAAGGCCGAUCGCGGUGCGUUUCUGGAGAUCUGGAAGAAGUAUGUGAAAGGACUCGUAUAGGCCGAGAGCCAACAUCGGCCAAGAAGACCGAGUUGGGGUCGCCUGAUCAAGGUGGUGGACGAUGCAGGGUACGACUGGUGUUGGCGGUUGGAGUGUGGAGCCCCCGCACGUCGCUGGGCAAGGCACUUCAAGCACGACGCAACACGAAAACCGUAAAGAUAGAAUUAGCGCGUUUGCAC